AUGCCUGGCGGAGGAGCAUCGGGCGGUCAGGCUGGAUGGGGUCACAUGUCACCACAACAAAUGCGAAAUCCAUGGCAAGAUCCGAACGCUCUCGCGCAAGGCGUAAAUGAUGCUCUGGGAAUCGGCGCUGCUCCUGGCGGUCAAGCAAGUUGGGGUGCGCCAAUGGGAGCAGCACCAGGCGACUUUGGUGAGGCCGCGAAAAUCUGGUCCGACCCUCACUUAGAUCAACAGCAACAGCAAUUUAACCCUAUGCACGGACAUCAUCGGGGAAUGAAUGGGAUGAUGGAUCCACAAGGAGGAAACGACUGGAUUGGUGCAACACCAGGUCUAAACCAGAUGCCAUUGUGGAGCGAUUUACAAAAGCAAGAGCAUGAUGGCUACUGGAAACAUCAGCAACAAGCUGGAGGUUGGGGUGGGCCUCCAAGUGGCAUGGGUGCCUGGCCACCCCGUCAGAUUCACCCAAAUGCGCCACCGCCACAACAUGGUGGGCAAGGGCAACCGCCCCGAAUGUUUGUGCAACGACCCCCACAAGUUUGGGCGCCGAAUGGCGGUAUGAUGGGUGGACCACCUGUAGGUAAGCAAGCAAUGCCGUGGGAUCAGCAACGCAUAACAGGAAUACCACGAGGUGGAAUGGGACGUGGUGGGCCAACUGGAGGACGGUACCCACCCGGUGGCAUGGAUAUGAGCGUACCUCCUCCGAUCGAUUUGCCUCUGAGUGGUAUGUCUGGUAUGCGGCAAAUGGCCCCACCCAACGCUGCUGGCGCAUGGAAACCUGAAAUUAGUGUUGCUCCAAAUGGUAUACGAGGACCAGCAGCCUUCGGUCAAAUGGCAGCUCCUCUGAUAAUGUCGGGAAAACCACAAGCAGCACCCAAUCAGUUCCCAAUUGGUGGUGUGGAUGACUUGAUGUGGCAUGAUCCAAAUGGUGAUUUGAAGAAAUGGCAACGAGACACUGGUGUCUCGUUAUGGGGUGAUCCGGAAAAGAAUAAUGAGCGUCCUGUGCGUUUGUGGAUGAUCGGUGAAGGAGAAGAGGAAGACUUGGAGGUGGCAUUGAUGAAAUGCCCCGUUCCUCAGAAGAAGAAUGAAGAUGGAUCCGCUCGAUUGCCAUUUCCAGUCCCACCUAAACGUCCUAUUGUCGUUACUGGAACUGUUAUUCCAGAUGACGUUCAACCCGGAUCAGGAAAGUGGGGCGACCUUCCAUCGCAUUCACAACACUCUACUGACUCGCCAUGGUUCCUGCCCUCUCAACAGCAACCUCAGCCAUUUGCUCCCGAGGCUCCUGCAUGGGGGCAGCCUAACGCGGUCACUGCUCCAAUGCCUCCUGGCCCCUCCCAACCGCACACUCAAGCGGUUGCUGAUCAGCUAAAGUAUGCGGUUGACAAGGGAUACCUCGAUAUGUCUGUGCUGCAACAAACGAACUUGCCACCUCAUGUGCUACAACACAUGAAUCAAAUGCUUGCUCUGAUACCAGCUCUUGAAUGCUGCGAGGCCGAGCUUAAGUUGCUUGUCGAUAGCGUUCGACCGGAUGGUGAAGUUGAUGGGAAUAGUCCACAGAGAUGGAUGAAUGAUGUUCAAAAGGUAGAGUACAAUCGCCUAAUUAUCGAGGUGACAACAGUGAAAAUCGAGGUGGCAGAGUUAUCCAAGAAGAUUCAACGUGGCCUAGCUGAUGCUGGUAUGCCUAGCGGUAGUGCUCCUGUUGAAGGUCUUGGUUCGGACGCCUAUCACUACUCAUUCCUCGAGUAG